ACUUUAGCGAAUUCGUCAUCACGUCUUCGAGGUCGAGAUCCCGAUUGAAUAACGGAGCAGCGAGCAGACAACAUCCUUCUUCUACCGUAUUACCAUCCCACAACAAGACUCUCAGUACAUCAGCCACCACCUCCUCUCACCUCGCUCUUGCGCCAUGUCAGCAAUCCCACCCGACACGGACCAAUACUUCAUAUUUCACGGUACAGGCACGUCCUCGGCGAUCCCCCUGUUACCGUGUAUCACCUCGGCCGACGACGUAAGGGAUAUCCAAUGCGGAGCUUGUCGAGCUUGUGUGGAUGGGACGGUCCGGGAUGGGUGGAAGAAUGUUAGGGGGAAUACUGGGGGUGUUUGGAGGAAGAGGGGGGAGGAUGGGGUUUGGAAGAACAUCGUUAUCGAUGUAGGAAAGACUUUUAGACAGAACGCCUUGCGGAUAUUCAUGGAACAUCGGAUCAGAACGGUAGAUGCUGUUAUUCUUACUCACGGUCAUGCGGAUGCCAUCGCGGGACUAGACGACCUCCGAGCGUUCAACCAACCCUCAACCCCCGGAGGCCCUAAACCACCCCCACUCCCCAUCCACCUAUCGCAACAGACCCUGAACGCGAUCUCGGAGCAGUACCCGUACUUGGUCGAUAAGAACCGGGCGACGGGUGGGGGGGACGUGCCGACGUUGGAUUGGAGGGUUUGGGGGGAUGAGUGGUGUGAGGAUGAGGGGGAUGACGACGAGGGGCAGGAGGAGAUUGUGGUCGCUGGGGUGAGGGUGUUGCCGCUCAAAGUGCAUCAUGGGAAAUACUUUACACCGCCCGAAAAGGCACAACGGCUGGAUGUACCCGUCACUCAAGGCAAUAACACUCCGGUCUCUGCCAAGAGCCGAGAAUCGUUUGCCACUACCACCUCGACUACGGCCGCGAACCCGAACACAGAGAGCAGAGCCGACCUCGAUCCUAUCACCGCCCCGGUUUCAACGACCUCCACAACCUCGGCACUAGAAGGGAUAGUCGGCAAGCUCACCGGGUUGACAGGACUGUCCGGAGUGACGGGCUUGGAAGACCUGGUAAAGAGCACAAAGAAGAAGAACGAGGGAAAGCCGGGAGAGACGCCGUUCUGGUGUUACGGAUUCCUGUUUGAAGGCAAGGUCUUGUACCUCAGCGAUACGUCGUUCGUCCCGACCAGAACGUGGGAUAGGCUUUACAGGGCCGUCGGGGGCGACGAUCAAGGACGACGAGGAGCGCAGAAAGUUGGGAACGGUAGCGACGGUACGACUGGGGCGCAGCCGAGAUUAUUGCCCUUUUCGCACGAUGUACCCGAUCUCCCGGAAGGCAAGAUCCAGACCUUCAUACUGGAUUGCUUGAGGAUACAGGAUCAUUCCAGUCACCUGUCGUACGUGCAGGCGUUGGCUCUGGCGAUGAAAGCGAAGGCCAGGGAGACGCUUCUGGUCGGUUUUACGCAUCCGGACCCACAUGCGUUAUGGGAAGAUAUCGGACGGGUCGUCCAAGGCCAAGGGGAGGAUUUGGAGACGGACAUGACAUCGACCGGGGAGGGAGAGGAAAGGGAACAAGACGAGCGCGAGUUGAGAGCGGCGAAACGCGAGUUUAGGCGCAAGAUCGAAAAGAGCGCAAAGGAUCAGGGGUUGGAACACGUCUGGCGAGAAGCGCUCGAGUGGAAGGGGUUCGUCCAGCCGGCUUUCGAUCGGCAGGUCGUCAGGUGCGAUUGAAGCGCGCGGUCUUUCGGAGGAUCGUUUGCUUGUGGGGUUGUGUGAGAAAUUACGAAAUUGACUGUUCGAUAGACUUCUCUAGAUGUGUGUCGUGAAUCGUACAUCUUAUGCAAUCGCGGCUACAUGACCGAUAGAUACAUUACGAAAGACAUUCGCGACAUAGACAUCCAUACAUUCUCGCAUGGUUUCCAAAUGCUGAUAUAGAUUGAGGUCUAGCU